UCGCUUCGAUCCGCGCUCUCGGAGCGCAUUUUAGUCGCGAGAGAGAUGUGCUGGAUUGCGGUCGCGCUCUCCCUCAUCGCCGGGAUCGGGAUCGGCCGGGCGGCCGCUGCCGACGCCUCGCAGAAUAAUCUGGUGGAGGCUGAACCUGAAUUCGCCGAGCCCAUCCAAAACGUAACUGUAGCAACUGGCCGGGAUGCCCAGCUCAGUUGCACAGUUGAAAACCUUGGAACUUACAGGGCGGCGUGGAUCAAAGUUGAGACGAAAGCCAUCUUGACGAUCCACCACCACAUCAUCACGCGGAAUUACCGCAUCAGUCUCAGCCACAGUGACAACCGCAACUUCAUUCUGCAGAUCCGGAACGUACAGGCAGCAGACAAAGGGGGAUACAUGUGCCAGAUCAACACUGUGCCUAUGAAGAGCCAGGUUGGAUAUCUCGACGUUCUGGUUCCUCCAGAUAUCCUGGACCAGGGCAGUAGUAGCGAUGUGGUCGUGCGGGAAGGUGCCAAUGUCACUCUCACUUGCAAAGCAGGGGGAUAUCCUACCCCCAACAUCACUUGGCGGAGAGAAGACAACGAGCCAAUUCCUCUCGGAGCCUGGCAGGGGCAGAAGGUUACAGAUCCGAAUGCCGUGACAUACGAAGGAGAGGUGUUGAGUAUCACCAGGGUGAGUCGCCUGCACACUGGAGCAUACCUCUGCAUUGCAGCCAAUGGCGUGCCCCCUUCCGUGAGCAGAAGGAUCAUCCUUCACGUUCAUUUUCCCCCCGUGCUAUGGAUUCCAAAUCAACUAGUAGGCGCUGUCGCAGGCCGUGACGUUAAUCUGGAUUGUCAUACGGAAGCAUACCCUGCUUCCAUCAACUACUGGGGGAAAAGGGCCAACGAGAUGAUCAUCACCAAUGAUAAGAUGCAAGUGGUUACCAAAGAGAGAACGUACAAGACUCACAUCCGUCUUACCAUCAAAAAUCUCCAACCUGCCGAUUUCGGCGUCUAUAAGUGCUUCUCAAAAAAUUCUCUGGGCUCUACUGAAGGAUCUGUGAGACUAUACGAAAUUCAGCCCCCAACAAGUCAACCGACGAAAGAUACGUCAUCUAUUCGUCGACAGAGUUCAGAAGCUUUUCCUCAACACCAGAGCCUGGGCUCAGUGAAGGAUUCGACCGAAGAUUCCACAGUCAGCAAAUGGAAAAGACCCGUUAUGACAGACAGAACGAAAGAACAUAUCAAUACCGUGGAGGACGAGAAGGGAACCAGCGAAAAAGAUUCGCCGCAGCUUAGGAAAGAAAUAGAUGAAGAGACCAAUAGUGGGCAUCCAGGCAAUCACUUCAUGUGGAUCCUCCUGUUCCUAUCUCUCGCCAUGUUUGGAAUCACAACAUAACUGGUCUCUCGAUCUCGAGAGAGACAAUCAUGUGUACAUCAUGUAUUCCUGUCUGUGUUCUUCGUGUGCGGAUAGACGGACUGAGAGUCAUCAUGCGCCACUCGAUUCUGUUGUAAAUAAGAGAUCUAUCUGACAACUGGAAUCGCCACACCCCAUUUCCGAAGACUAUGGCAAACAGUUUAUUCUAGUCAUUGUUAUCUCCUGUAUAUAAGCGUUCGCCUUUCUAGAACGUAUUCCACUUAUCCUUCAUAUCAAGAAUAAAUUAAUUUCUUGAUAAUAUAAACUUCAGUAAUCCGAAAAGCUAGAAAUCGUGAUUGUCAAUUAACAUCCAUUUCUUUGAAAACUUAAGUGAUUUAUCAAAAAGAUAAAUAAAAUUUUUGCUAAAAUUUAUCAGAUCCGUGGUAUUUAUAAAAAAAAGUUCUCGUGAAUACAUAAUUUAUAAAUAAAAGAUGCAAUUUCUAAACUGAUGCGAAAUGUUCUAUACUUAUUAUUGAUACUGCUGUUAUAUCCAAUUUUCAUAAUUAAUGAAAAAUUAAUGAAGACAUGUAAAUAUAAGUUAGUAACAACACAGAAAUUAUAGAAAGUCGACAAUCCGGAUUUGGAAAAAUUCCAUUCAGAUCAGCUUAUUGACUGCAUUUUGUGAUUUUUUUAUAGUAGCGUAAAUUAGAAUACCUUCACAUUCAAGCAACUACUUCGCAGAUAUUAAUCAUUUUUUAUCUCAACUACAGUUGUAAACGUUUCGAGAAAUAACUGUGUGGAAUUUUUCCCCACUUCUUUUUUCAAAAAAUUGCUAUAAAAAAAGAUGAAAGAAAACGCUCGGGCAGUAAAAAAAAUGGUCAUUUGUUUUUUACAGCCAAAACUUUUGAAUUAUAUAAUAUCUUUUGGUAAAAAAUAUUGGUAUUCUUUAUAAGGAUCCUGACUUUAUAUUAUUAAUUAAAAAAUCCAAAUAUGUUUUAAAGUAAAGUAUAAACUAAACAUCCAAUUCAAAGGUUCAAUUACUGUCCUUUAAAAUAGACGGAUUAAUGUUCUUUAGACUUACUGUUCUUUAAAAUCCAAUAGAAAAUAUAAUCUAAAUAAAUUUUUGAAAUAUUCUUCAAAAGUUAAAGUCUGAUGGUUAUUCGGAGUACAUGCUUCCAAGUAAUCUUCAACUGAUUUUCAAAAUAAUUUCGACUUCUUUCUCUUUUUUAGGUUAAGAUGUUUAAGUGCUCUUUAAAUGAAAAUAUAAUGAAUGCUUUACGUUUCAAUCUCCAUCAAAUUCGAUUUCUCAUAACAUUUAUAAUUACACAUAUUUAAUAGAUAAUUACAUAAUAUUAAUUUAAUUUUCAUAAUUUUAAACAAUUUAUCUGCAUAUAAAAAGAAAACAAGAUGAUAUAAUCAUGUGCAAAUCAAAUUCUUAUAUAAGAAAACAGCAAUUCAUAUCAUCAGUUUCCCUAUUUAACUAUCUCUUCGAAUUCCAAUCACUUAAAUAAAUAGAGAAUCUGGAAAACGUUUAUAGAUAAAUACUAACCCAUAGUUGAAAAAAUUGUGUUGUUAUUACACUUACAUUAAUGCAUCGACAAAAUAAAUCUAAAUUUUAUGGAAUCAUAACAGAUAAAAAAUAUUCAUAUUCUUUUCCACUUUCAGCAGAGAAUUCGAACAUUUAGUUAUAUUUCCAAGAAAUCUUAUAUCAUGAUUUAAUUCCAUCAUCUUCAUUAAUGAAUAAUGUUUUCAACUCCAAUUUUAAUCUCUUUAAAUUUCAUAUUUUCAUUGUUGUUGUUUAUUAGUAUUACUAUUAUUUGUAGGAAAGCGUUUUUCGAUAUUUUUGCCUAUCAAUAUGAUUUAACACACUUUGGAAUAUGCAGCAUCCAAUCUUUCUUGAAAAGAAAAAAGGGGAGGCUAAAAUGACAUGCAUUAAAUUUUAUUAUUAUUUUGUCUGAAUUUACUUUGCCUUACUGACUAAAAGUGAUUCAUAAAAAUAAUCUGAUAUAAUAACCCUUGAAUUUUUAUAUUACAAAUCAAAGCAUUUCUUACCAGUAGAUGAAAAGCCAUGAUAUUAAUCUACAUAUUUUGCUAUUUUAUCUUAUUUUUUUUCUAUUUCAGUGAUGAGGGACCUAGGUAGGUAUGAAAUAAGACUGAAAAGUGAUAAGAUGAAAUAAAUUUGGAUACUAAGCUUUUCAGUUGAAUGAGAUCAGUUCAUAGUUAUGUAGUUCACAUCAACUGUUUUUUUGUAUGUUAGAAUCCAUAAAAAUGCUCGCAAGAAGAAAAUGGAUGUGAUAUUACAGUACAAAAUUAACACUUGUAAUUAAAUUUUAAAAAAUAAGCAUAGUUACAUUUCUCAAUUGAUUAUAAUAUCAUCUAAGUUGAACCUAAUAAGAAACUAAAGAAAAGGCAUAUUUUUAUAUAUAAUUCUAGUUGUUGUUUUUUUCACGGAUAAGAGGAAUACGUGCUUGAAAAAAGCGUGAACGUUGUUGCUACGGAUGUUAAUAGCGUUACUGUCAAUGUGUAUAGAUGUAUGCUCCAUUCCAAAGGCAUAGAGAAAUUCAAAACAGGGUGACUCUACUGUUUCCCAUCCUCCAAGAAUAUGCAUACUGUAUGGUACUGUUAUUUUAUCAAUCAUUAUAUGAACUGAAUUAUCAUCAGGAUUCAGAAGUGCAAAGGAUGCUAAUUACUUAUUGAUCAUCUUUGAAAUUAGCGUACAUUUACAGUGUUCACAUAAAACUGGAUCCAAGCUAUAUAGUAUUUGUAUAUAGUGUAGUAUAAAAGAAUGAUUUUGAAAUCUUUAUUGCUUCCGUUACAGCAAAUUAAUUUUUAAAUAAAUGAAAUAUUUUAAAUUUUAAAAAUUUAAAAUAUUUCAUGACAAGAAUAAAAUAAUAUUGUCAAAUUUAUUAUAGAAUUUUCAAAAUCUCUUAUAUGAGAUAAAAUUUUUAGACAAGUUUGAUUAUCUUUGUUGAUCAAAUGGAUUGAUGAAUGAGUUGAAGGUUUUCAAAAUGCACUAUGGUGUAGUUUUUAUACAAGAAAGCAAAUGAUCUUCCCUGAUUGCAGAGUUACGAUGCAUUUGGAGAAGUUUCAUUUUUCCGGAAUAUAUGUCACAAAAAUCGAAAUCAGAGGAAAGCUGACAAAUUUGUAAUAAUUAAUUAUGGCAGAAAUUCAACAAAAUGCUUAAAUAAAAUUGAAAUACUCUUCUAUUGAAAAUAAUUAUUUUUAAUAAAUAGUGGAUCUUAAAAUAAUUAUUCAUUUUAAAGAAAAUUAGUAAUUCUGUUUAAUUUAAUAAAUAUUUUUGUUUUGACAAAAAUCUUCUAUACAAGUUUCUUUAGUAUAUUUGUUCAAGUAUGAAGAGUAUAUUUGAAAAACUACUACGAAUAUAACAUA